AUGUCUAUCCGAUCAGUCUUCUUGGCAGUGUCUGUACUGCUCUUGAUGAGCGAUGCCAUUAAGAUAACUCCACGGCCCAAGUACCAAUACACCAAGAAACCUCCUCGAGAGUUGACCCACACUACCACACAUGCUGGUAAACCCACAGUCACACCAAAGAUAGUGGACUAUACCAAGGCAAAAGGUCGUGUUUCUUCUGUUAUCACUGAGAGUACCACUGUCCCUGCUAACGGAUAUGCGGGUUACCACCCAGAUACCACAGUCGCAUCCAACAGUGUGCAGGAUAACUAUACGCUGGACUAUACAGAAUGUUACCUCAACUUCUGCGAGUGCUGCCCUCCAGAACGUGGACCUGCUGGACCAAGUGGAGACAUGGGACUUCCAGGACAACCUGGUCAAAAAGGAGACCCAGGACUCAAAGGGGCUCCAGGACCAAUAGGUGCAACUGGGAUGCCAGGAUUAAAGGGUGACAAAGGAGAAAAAGGUGAGAAAGGUAGCAGUGGAUUUGCAGGCUCUCCAGGCAAUACAGGGAAGGCUGGACAGAAAGGUGAUACCGGACUCAAAGGUGAGAAAGGUGCAGGUGGUAUGCCAGGACUCAAAGGUGCUAAAGGUGAAAAAGGAGAGCCUAGUCAAAAUGUAACUAAAGGUGACAGAGGUGAGCCUGGUAAAGAUGGACCACCUGGACCAACUGGCCUGAUUGGAGACAAGGGUGAAAAGGGUGAAAGGGGAGAAUGUGGACUUCUGGGAGAUAGAGGACAAAAAGGAGAACCAGGUGAGCCUGGGCCUCCAGGUAUAAGGGGCGAUCCUGGCUCUUCAGGGCAACAUGGAAUUCAUGGAAACCCUGGCUUACCUGGAGAACGUGGUGAACCUGGGAACCCGGGAAUCAAGGGGGAACCCGGACCACGAGGUCUUGAAGGACCUCAAGGUACGAGAGGUCUCAGGGGACCAAAGGGUGAAAGGGGUCUUCCGGGGAAGCGUGGAGAUCGUGGACCUCAAGGUAUGAAAGGGACAUCAGGUGACACUGUGGGCCAAGUGCGGUCUGCCUUCAGUGUAGGUCUAUACCCGAGCAAGUCAUUUCCACCCUCAGGCUUCCCAGUGCGCUUUGACAAGAUAUUCUACAAUGGAGAAAACCAUUAUGAUGUCGCCAUCAGCAAGUUCAACUGUACUUACCCUGGGGUUUAUGUCUUCUCUUAUCAGAUAACAGUGAGAAACAAGCCACUGCGUGCAUCCUUGGUUGUAAAUGGGGUUCGUAAGUUGCGCUCACGGGACGCACUUCAGGGCCAGGACAUUGACCAGGCCUCCAGCUUGGUGCUUCUGAAGCUUGCUGCUGGAGACCAGGUCUGGGUGGAGACCCUGAGGGAUUGGAAUGGUGCUUAUUCAAGCAGUGAGGAUGACAGCACCUUUUCAGGUUUUUUGCUCUAUCCUGACUGACAUCAAAGACAAACCAGGGUCAGGUAUUGCACUGAAAUCUACUCAACCGUCAUCUGUGGGAUUGAGAUACAGAUUGAAGAGGCGUGUGGGAGUGUUUUUAAAAUCCUAUUCCCUCCCACUUUUAAAGGAGUUCUGAUCAAUCCAUGCCGCCCGCGCAGACUCUCUGGAUCAAUUAUUUUUGUUUCCACAUACCAAUGAUACUUCCUGAAAUCAUAAUUGAUUCUGGUUCACCAAAUGUAAAAGAAAGUGUACUUUAAACCGCAUAUAAACUAACCAGGAUGAAGCAGUUAAUGAUGAUAAAAGAAUAAAAGCUGUAAAUAAAUCGUGCAGUGAGUAGACCAUUAAACUGUACAACCACAGCUUCUUUUUAUAUCUGACCGCCUGCUCCUGACCCUCAUAAUAGUAAAAACCACCCACUCCAAUGACAUGCUUUUGUUGGGUCUGGCAGGAUCCCAGUCCUGAUGCAUCCCACUGAAACACUUAACCUUAACCUGGUGUCUGAUCCAUCAUCCGUCGACAUUUCCUGUUGUUUUUAGUCGGAUGGGAUUCCUACAUCAUGUUACCCUGACUACUGUAUUCCCAUAAUAAUUUUUGUGUUUUAUAAUGAAAAUGUAUUUGCCUUUCUAUAAAUUUCUAACAUUUUUGUCUCAUGCAACAAAGCCUAGGGAACAAACACCAUACACUAUGAGCAAUAUGUCGAUGUUUAAGCAAUCUGUGUUAAUUAAAACAAAUCACAAACGUGUU